CAAUACCCACAUCAUUAACCAAAAUUCCACCCCAUUAACCACAAUACCCACCUCAUUAACCACAAUACCCACCUCAUUAACCACAAUACCCACCUCAUUAACCACAAUACCCACCUCAUUAAUCACAAUACCCACCUCAUUAAUCACAAUACCCACCUCAUUAACCACAUGCAUCCAAUUCCACAAUUCAUAAUAGAUAUGAAGCUAAAGGCUCUCUCCCUCUGCUUCUCCUUACAGCCGAGCCUCUUCAACCUCCACUCCUGGCUGGCACUGAGGAAGCGUACUCAACCUUAGAGUACGUGGCACUCAACUGUACCACCAUGAACACUGAGUACAUCCCUCGUGUCUCCUGGCUCAUCAAUGACCGACCAGCUCACUCUAGUUACGUUCGUCAGGUGAACCAAAGGACAGUGGGUCUGGUCUUCCAGGCUCGAGACGACUACUUCCAGAGAGGAGUCAUCACUGUGUCGUGCGUCACCUCUCUGGGUAACAAGCACGUCAAGGCUACCCAGGUCCAACUACCCAACCGCAGCUAUCUCAGCGCCCAGGAGUACUACCACAACGCUGGUCAGAAGAAAACGGGAAGCGGUUGUCCCCUUGCGGCACUCCUGAUUCUCAAAUGCUUUUAUUACUCCCUUGUUUCUCUGCUCUAAGAUUUGUACAUGCGGAUUUAACGCUCCGAUUAUUAAUAAUCCACUCUGUAUAUGUGUAAAUAUAUGUUUCAAUGUA